UAUAUAGAUUAUUUUUAAUUCGAUGUUUAUAAUAUAUAUUUUAAAUCGUUGAAAGUUGGCUGAAAAUGGGCGAUUCAACAGACAUAUUACCUGAUUCAAAACAUGUAGCUGUAACUGAUAAGACUAAUACAGUUGAAAACAAUGAAACAUCAGGAAGUACUGAUAUAAUGAAUGAAGUAAACGAGUUAUACAAUGAAUUGGAAGAAUUAUAUGACUCGUUGACAAACAAUUACGCUAUAAGAAGCAAUAACGGAUGUGUUGGUAAUGACAGACCUAUCGGAGGGGAAAUCCCACUUGUGAACAAUUAUAACUCAGGUUUAAUUCCGGAUGAGAGAAUAACCGAGCUUUACUUUAAUAAACUAAAUGAGAAGAACAAAUUGAUAUACUGUAACAAUAAACUGAAUGAACUAAAGUCACUUUUAGAGGGAGAGAGUGAACCAGAACAGGUGGUUAAGAAGAACGGUGUGGCUUGGGAGAUUGACGAUAAUUAUCUGAAACAAUUUGAGCUAAAGAUGAAUAUUAAAAAACAAGAAGAACUCAUCAAUAGUAGGCUAAACAACAUCAACCACAAUAAAUUAGUGGUUUCAGACUACUACAAACUACAUCAAAUGAACAAAAACAACCAACCCCCUGAUUUUCUUCCACCUACUAAGCAACAUUCCACUCCUCUUAAUGGUGCUAAGGAAAAUAAAUUAACUCAAACUAAUGAUAAACUCCCUAAAACUGUUCUUACUCCUCUCAAACAACCCAAUGUAACUCCAACUAAUAAUAUUGGGAACAAUGCUAGGAAUAACACAGUUCCUCUUAUCGUCAAACAUCCUCAAAAUCCAAAUUAUAAAUUGGCCAAUGGUCUAAUACUAGGAAGUAAAUUAAAGAAUUUAAACCUAAUGAACACCGUAAACAAUGAUAACAUGGUAUAUGUUAAGGGAAAUAUCAUGUACAAGCCUAAUAAGCCUUCUUAUAUCACUGGAAACAUAAAAUUGCAUCCUCCCGCCACCAACAAUCUUUCUGUUGAUAAGAUUUUCAAGAAAAAAGAAGACCUUGAUAAUAAGGGCUCUCAUACUGUUGAUAGUGAAUGUGUUACCACUCCUGAUUCUGAACACGAAAUUGCCAACGGUUCAGACUACUACAAAUUUAAUACAAUAGAUGACCUAAUAAAAUACGAAAAUGAUCAAUACUAUGGCAAUUCUAUGGGCCCUUUGCCUGUAAUAAACGACCUUAAUGAAAGUCAAUUAUCUAACGAAAACAAGGUAAAAAUGUGUAAACACAAGAAGAAAAGGAAGAAGCAUAAUGUUCACUGUAAAUAUUAUAAAGGUCGGUCCAGUGUAAGUACUGCUUCUACAAGUAUAGAAAAUGACAAAAUGCCAAUCAAUCGUGAAGUAUUUUACAACACGAGGGUCAUUUACAGCUAAUUUUAAUAUAUUU